AUGGCCAUGAAGGCGCCACUGAAAACCAAUCGAAGAAAAAUGGAUAUUACACCCUUGCUCGUCACGAAUCGUUGCCCUGAGAGUAUCUGGCCGGGCAUCUCGACUCAAUCUGGCACAGGGCCAAGCGAGAACGGGUUCGAGUUGAAAACUGGAGAGACCAAGAAUCAGACCGUGUCCGAAGACUGGCAGGGCCGGUUGUGGGGGAGGACCAAUUGCUCAUUCAACGAUGACGGCUCGGCUGCAGCAUCUGGGCGCGGGAGGGCUUGUGCAACCGGAGACUGCGCGGGUGCUCUCAACUGCAAGACUGGCGGCGAUGUUCCUGUCUCGCUUGCUGAAUUUACAUUGGACGCUGGCGACGGACACACCUACUACGACAUUUCAUUGGUUGAUGGCUACAACCUCCCAAUGGCAAUUGUCCUCCAGCCACUUGAAAAUGUCACGCUAGACGAGCUCCCCCCAAAUCUGACCAAUCCAUCCUGCCAGGGUACAGACGGCCUUCUUGCUCCGCAAGGUUAUGAUCCGUAUUCGGAAAAUCCGAAUUUCCUCAGCACAAACUCUUCGUUUCCACUUCCAUUCGACCAGGACGUGGAUGGAAAUAGAAUUUCCAGGUGGUGUCCCUGGGACUUGCAACAAACCCCUCCGGAAAAGCCUGGCGACGGCGUCUAUCCCUACCCAGACGACAACAUCAAAAGACCUCAGUUCAAUCCUUGCUAUUCCGCCUGUGCAAAGAACAAUCGACCCGAGGACUGUUGUACUGGAAAACACGGCUCCCCUAGCUCGUGCUCACCGAGUCUGUACUCCAAAAACGUCAAAAAAGUGUGCCCAGAUGCCUACAGUUAUGCUUUUGACGACGAAAGUUCGACUUUUAUCAUUCCAUCCGGUGCUGGGUUUGAAGUCGUCUUUUGUCCCGGCGGUCGCUCCACGACAAUUCUCAUGACAAAAAAAGAUGAGGUGCAGCAAUUGGCACAGCAGGGAAGAGUCGACAAGCAAGCUACCAUAAGCCUAAUGGGCACUCGGAAUAACAAGGUCCGUAGGAGCGCUGCUUUGGCAGCGUAUCGGCUAGAUUGGGCUAUGCUGGCAGCCGCUGUCAUCACCACAACCACCGUUAUAGGUGCUCAAUUUUUGUAG